AUGAGGCUAUGGAGAAAAGCUUCUGGUUUAGUCAAAGAUCAAAAAAGCCUGUGGUUAGCUAGCCUAUCGAGUCGAACAUCGUAUCGAAAUCCAGAAAUGGAAGCUGCGGUAAUAAAAGCUACGAGCCACGAUGAAUUCACGAUCGAUAUGAAAAAUGUGGAUCGCGUUUAUAAGUGGCUACGAUUAUCUCCAAGCCACCUAAAAUGUCUCAUUUGGUCAAUUUCGUUACGUAUGGAAAAAACAAAGAGUUGGAUUGUUGCAAUUAAAGGAUUAAUGCUCAUGCACGGGGUCUAUAGUUCGAAAAUCCCCGCGAUACAAAGGAUCGGGAGAUUACCAUUUGAUUUAUCGAAUUUCAAUGAUGGAUAUUCCCAUCCUUAUAAGAUUUGGGGAAUAAAUGAGUUUAUUCGAGCUUAUUUCACAUAUCUUGAUCAAAAAUCAUCCCUUCUUUUUAUGAAUUUGCAAGAAAGGAGGAAUUUACAAAAUUUGGAACACGUCAACAACAACAAUAACGAUAAUAAUAAUAAUUAUGACGUCGUUGUUUUUGUUGAAGGACGUUAUUCAAUGAUUCAAGAUCUUGUCCUGCUUCAAAAAUUACAAUUUUUACUCGAUAUGUUGCUCGAAAUUAGGCCAUUAUGUGAUAAUGCUGUUGUCCCUCUUGUUCUUGAAGCUAUGGAUUGUGUCAUGAUUGAAGUUUUCGACGUUUACAGCAGAAUUUGCAAUGGAAUUGCUAGAAUUCUGUUGCGUAUAUAUACUGCUGGGAAAGUCGAAGCUAGCAUGGCACUUAGGAUCGUGCAAAAAGCCACAAUCCAAGGUGAAGAAUUGUCACUAUAUUUCGAGUUAUGUCAAAGUAUAGGGGUGAAAAAUGCAGCCGAGUUUCCAACAAUCGAGCAAAUUCCAUAUGAAGAUAUUAAGGAACUUGAAGAAAUUAUCAACGGGGUAUCUGAAAAGGACUCGCGAAUGAGUCCUCAUCAACACGAAGGUAAAGCUAUUGUUGUUGUACCUGAAAAAAUUGGUGAUCAGCAUAUCGAGAAUCUUGAAAAAGAAAGCAAAUUGAGGACAGUGAUUACUGAUAAUUGGGAAAAAUUUGAUGACGAUUUGAUGCAAAAUGAUGGAGUGAAAAUUGCAUCAAUUACAAUUAAUCCUUUUGAAAUAUGUACAAAUAAUGUACCUAGUAAAACUCCAGAGUUACCAGAUCUAAUUAGCUUCUUAUAG